GCAGUCUACCCUUUUGGCAGCGAACUGGAUCCUUGUCAAGAAGAAGAAAAGUCAGUGUGCCCGAGCUUGGAAGCACUAUGACUACUGUACAAGAGAUGUCCAUCGACUCCCGUAAGUUUCUCCUCAAAUUCCACAAUGUUCGAACGAUUGCUUACAAUGUCAUCAGCGACCAUCCCUGGGAGGCCACCCCUUCGUAAGCUCUCAUACGAAGCUUUUGGCCAUGAGAGAUCGUGCAGUGCUCCGGGUACUAACUGGAGGACCGGACCUUUUGGGGAUGCAAUGAUGGCUUGCGUAACAGGUCCUUCUCACGUUCCAGCUCAAAUCAUCAACGCCCCUCCUUCUUCUGAUUUACCCAACGCCUCCGGAAGACCACUUUCUCCUAUCCUUAGUCCUGGUGCAACACCCAGACCCUACCUCAAGGUCCAGACCGCCAGUAUGGAUGAAGAAACCCGUCCACAAGUACCACCUAAAUCACCCGCUGUCGAGCGUAAAACUUCACCAGCCCCGCUGAUCCUCAACUCGAAGACAAGUCGGCCACAAAUGACAACUCCCGCCUCGACGACUUCGGGAGGUAACACACCAUUGAGUGCGAUGGACCUUCGAAGAUCGCCCAAUGGUAGUAUCCCACUGCCUACUCCACCGUCGACUUUUACCAAUCCUUUCUAUGCAUCCUCACCUGCAUCCAACAGAGGUUCGCCACGCACCGAGAGGAGAGAUCCUAUCGCAACACAAUCGUUAGCUCACAAUCGAAACAUGUCAGAGUCGUCGAUCAUGGAAAGAGGCCGACCUAAACGACGCAACAGCAAGAGAGAACGCAGCAGGACUGUAUCAGAGGCCGACGGUGCAGAAGCUAUCCCAGACUCUUGGAAGCUGCCCGAAGGCAUGCGCGUAUCAGAGGCUGCGAGACGAAUGAGUGAUGCCGACAAGAAGCUUCUUCACAAACAGGCAUACGAUCAGGCUGGCAAUUUUGAGGUUCUGCACAAACGCGAUGUAGCAUCAUUAUCGAGAGAACUCAGAGCUCUCGACGAGCGCUGCGAUUACCUCCGAAAGACCUACAAGUCUUUGCGAGCGGGUCGCCAAAAGCUGCACGGUCGUAUGAUCGCUUAUCUCAGGCGCGGAGAAACAGUCAUCUUUUCACGCGAAUCACUCCUCAAACAAGAAGAGGCCCUAGCCGAGCUGGACAUUUCGAUCGACGAGUUCAUCCUGAAACUUGAGCAGGCCGAAAAUCGCCGCUUGCGACUUCGGCAAAAGUUACUUGAGCAUGUCGCUGCUGCUAUCGUGCUCAACCCUAGCGCUCGGGACCAGGUAGCCGAAACUACACCACCACGAAGUCCUGUAAAGGUCGAUAGCCCUUCUCGACAUCAACGAAAAGAGACCGAGUCAAUCAAAAUUUACGCCGAUGGCCACGUUCUAAAUCUCUUCUCUGACAUCGAGAAGGCCAUCGGCAAGAUGUGCGAACAGACAUGCUAAGGGCCUCAUGAGAAACACAUCUUCUAUUCCACCAACUUCGAUACCCUCUUCCUUGCCUUUGACGGCCUAUCAUUAAUUUCUACCUCUGGACAUCUCACGACUUCAUUUAUUUGUACCAUAACGACCUGAGCACACGCUCCUCUUACCGCUAUCUCUUCUAUCUUUCUGGACUGGCUCGACUUGACGUUUGUGUACACAAAGGAACGAUUACAUCAUCGACAUUCUGCUUU